AAUUCGUACUUGAACAAAUAAGCGAAACAGGAAUCGUCACUCCUAAGAGCUGUUAUAUGAAAAUAAAUAAUGUUAAAAAGAUGUAACGAAGACCUAAUUAAACAGCCUACAUAGUAGGUACAUAUUAGUCGACGAAAUAAAAUCCAUGCAUAAUAUCGCAGCGCGCAUGCGGGCGAGGCGCGCAUGCGCGGUCCGCGGGCCGCGGCCAGUCGGGUCGGGACCCUCGCAGCGGGACGGACCAGCGAGAUGCGCGGCGGAAGCUCGGAGCGGCUGGUAGUGCGGGCGGGGCGAAGCGGGGGACGCGGCGGGCGGCGGCGCGGGGAGGCGCGCGCGCGUCUCACUCGCUACAUCACGGUCCUGCUGGCGGCGCUGCUCGGGGGCGGCGGGUCCGCGCUGCUGUUCCUGGUGCCGUUGUACGCCGACCCCGCGCUCAGCGCGCUCGCCGCCGACUUCGACCCCGCGCCCGCCGACUGCGUCACCGAGCGCCGCGACGACCGCCUCGGCCUCGACAACUGUACGUGGGCGUCGUGCCGCGAGGGCUGCACGAGCGACGCGUACCGCUGCACGCAGCUGCACGUCAAGUACCGGCCGGCGGGUGGCGAGUGGCGGCCGGCGGUGCUAUUCGUCAACAUCAAGGGGUGCGGCUACCCGCCGGCGGUCGACUGCGCCAACUUCACGCUCAACUUCGGGUCGGUGGGUGCGCGCUACCCGUGCUACUGGUCGCGGGCUGAGCGCGGCGUGGUGGUGCCGAGCUGGUCGCGCGGGGAGCAGGUGGCGACGGUCACGCGCACUCUGGCGAUCCCGCUUUUCAUCUCGGGGUGCGCGGGCAUCGGGCUGUGCGCGCUGCACUGCGAGUGCCGGCCGCGCCGCCGCCGCCCGCCGCGCCGCCCGCCGCGCCUGCCCGCGCCCGUGCUCGACGACUCCGCGGUCUACCGCCUGGCGUAGCGCAGUGCCGACCCCCGAGACCGCGGCGGAUACGCGACCGUGAACCCCUCGGAGGACGAUGAGUGCUCGUGUGAAUCCUAGCGGCGCCUCCGAGACGAGGGGUAUGAUCCAAAUUGAACUGUAGUAGCUAGGUAGGCCCCCGCUGCGGCGGGCGUCGCGGUGUGACCCCGAUUGAAUCACCGGGGCCGUCGUUUGUGACCAAGUGCUCUUACUUUGAGUGGCAUUGGAUUAUUCAGUGCUCUGUCGAAUACGCUGUUUCCCCAGACUUGGUGAAUUACAAAGGUGAUACAGAAUUUUACCGUCUAAGAUAAAAGAUUUACUCCUGGGUUCUUGUAGCGACCCGGAAGUCGAGGGUUUUAUUAUGAUCUAGGAAGUAAAGAUGUGUUAUAAAUAUGUAAUAGUAA